GAUAGUAGGCAACGAAUCGCUCAAUAAUCGCACUUCAGCUGAAGGACUUAUCUCAACAUCAUAUUGCCUCGAUGGGGGACCCUAGUAACAAGAGGGGCGGGGCUUCGUGUUCCAGAGGCAGGACCGCAGUUCAGCUCGCGCUGCCUCUAAAUCAACUCAAUCAUCUCUCGCGCACGAGAGCGCGUGCUGCCUUUUAGGUGUGCUAGUGGGCGCUCCCAUUCGAGCAGCAGUCACGAUGGUGGCCCUGUCGCUGAAGAUUUGCGUGCGACAGUGCAAUGUGGUCAAGACAAUGCAGUUUGAGCCCUCAACUCCGGUUUACGAUGCCUGCCGGAUUAUCAGAGAGAGAGUUCCAGAGGCCCAAAGUGGACAAGCAUCAGAUUACGGGCUCUUCCUGUCCGAUGAUGACCCCAGAAAAGGAAUCUGGUUGGAAUCAGGGCGCACCCUUGAUUACUACAUGCUGCGGAAUGGGGAUGUCCUGGAGUACAAGAAAAAACAAAGACCUCAGAAGAUCAAAAUGCUGGACGGAACCAUCAAAACCAUAAUGGUGGAUGACUCCAAAACAGUAGGGGAGCUGUUGGUCACCAUCUGCAGCAGGAUAGGAAUCACUAAUUAUGAGGAGUACUCACUGAUCCAAGAGCAGGUGGAAGAGAAGCGAGAGGAUGGAAUGGGAACGCUGAAGAAAGACCGAACCCUCCUGCGAGACGAGAGGAAGAUGGAGAAGCUGAAAGCCAAACUUCACACAGAUGAUGAUUUGAACUGGCUGGACCACAGUCGGACGUUUCGGGAGCAGGGUGUAGAGGAGAGCGAGAUACUACUUCUACGAAGGAAGUUCUUCUAUUCUGAUCAGAAUGUAGAUUCUCGUGAUCCAGUCCAGCUCAACCUCCUCUACGUACAGGCCAGGGAUGACAUUCUGAACGGAUCCCACCCCGUGUCCUUUGAUAAGGCCUGCGAGUUCGCUGGAAUUCAGGCUCAGAUCCAAUUCGGUCCCCACGUGGAGCACAAACACAAGCCAGGAUUUUUAGACCUGAAGGAGUUCCUACCAAAAGAAUACAUCAAACAGAGGGGGGCGGAGAAGAGAAUUUUUCAGGAUCACAAAAGUUGUGGUGAGAUGACAGAGAUUGAGGUGAAAGUGAAGUAUGUGAAGCUUGCCAGGUCCCUACGCACAUACGGAGUGUCGUUUUUCCUGGUGAAGGAGAAGAUGAAAAGCAAGAAUAAGUUGGUCCCGCGUCUGCUGGGCAUUACCAAAGAGUCAGUGAUGAGGGUGGAUGAGAAGACCAAAGAGGUGGUGCAGGAGUGGCCCCUGACCACUGUGAAGAGGUGGGCGGCUUCACCCAAGAGCUUCACACUGGAUUUCGGUGAGUACCAGGAGAGCUAUUACUCCGUGCAGACCACAGAAGGGGAGCAGAUCUCACAACUCAUCGCUGGAUACAUUGACAUCAUCCUUAAGAAAAAACAGAGUAAAGAUCGGUUUGGUUUGGAUGGUGAUGAGGAAUCCACCAUGCUAGAAGAAUCUGUAUCCCCGAAAAAGUCCACCAUCCUCCAGCAGCAGUUUAAUCGGGUCGGUCGAGUCGAGCACGGGUCGGUGGCACUGCCUGGCAUCAUGCGGUCGGGGUCAAUAGGAGGCCCCGACACGUUCAACAUGGGAACCAUGCCCUCGGCGCAACAGCAGAUCACCACGGGACAGAUGCACAGAGGACACAUGCCCCCUCUGAGUCUGGCCCAGCAAGCACUGAUGGGAACUAUCAACACCAGUAUGCAGGCUGUCCAGCAGGCACAAGCUGACCUGGGAGAGGUUGAUAAUCUUCCACCACUGGGACAAGACAUGGCAUCCAGAAUGUGGGUUCAGAACAAGGUGGAUGAAUCCAAACACGAGAUUCACUCCCAAGUGGAUGCCAUCACGGCUGGUACCGCAUCAGUGGUCAACCUCACUGCUGGUGACCCUACGGACACGGACUAUACCGCCGUGGGCUGUGCCAUCACCACCAUCUCCUCCAACCUGACGGAGAUGUCCAAGGGAGUAAAGCUCUUGGCGGCUCUGAUGGAGGACGAGGUGGGCAGCGGGCAGAAUCUAAUGGGGGCCGCCCGGACCCUCACAGGGGCCGUGUCUGACCUGCUUAGAGCCGUGGAACCAGCUUCUGGAGAGCCCAGACAGACUGUUCUGACGGCGGCGGGCAGCAUCGGCCAGGCCAGCGGAGAUCUUCUGAAACAAAUGGGAGAAGGAGAAACCGACGAGAGAUUCCAGGACAUUAUGAUGAACCUGGCUAAAGCCGUUGCUAAUGCCGCCGCCAUGCUGGUGCUGAAAGCCAAGAACGUGGCACAGGUGGCAGAGGACACGGCGCUCCAGAACCGAGUCAUUACCGCCGCCACGCAGUGCGCGCUCUCCACCUCACAGCUGGUGGCCUGCACAAAGGUGGUGAGCCCCACCAUCUCCUCGCCGGUGUGUCAGGACCAGCUGGUGGAGGCAGGACGUCUGGUGGAGCGUUCCGUGGAGGGGUGUGUGAAGGCGUGUCACGCCGCCUCAGAGGAGGGCGAGCUGCUCCGACAGGUGAACAUGGCUGCUGGGGCGGUCAGCCAGGCCCUGAGCGAUCUGCUGCAGCACGUGCGCCACUACGCCAGCUGCGGAGAGCCAAUCGGACGCUACGACCAAGCAACUGACACCAUUAUGACUGUAACGGAGAGUAUUUUCACCUCAAUGGGGGACGCAGGUGAAAUGGUACGACAGGCGCGGGUUUUGGCCCAGGCAACCUCGGAUUUGGUAAAUGCGAUGCGUUCUGACGCUGAGGCCGAAAUUGAUGUGGAUAAUUCCAAGAAACUACUUGCGGCUGCCAAGCUGCUGGCCGAUGCCACUGCCAGAAUGGUGGAAGCUGCAAAGGGGGCUGCUGCAUACCCAGAAAAUGAAGACCAGCAGCAGAGGCUGCGAGAGGCUGCUGAAGGGUUACGGGUCGCCACCAACGCAGCCGCUCAGAAUGCCAUCAAAAAGAAACUCAUUCACCGACUAGAGAAUGCAGCUAAGCAGGCCGCAGCGGCAGCGACGCAGACCAUUGCUGCCGCCCAGAAUGCAGCAGCAUCCAAUAAGAACACCAUGUCACAUCAGCAGCUCGUGUUCAGUUGCAAGGCUGUGGCAGACCAUAUUCCACAGCUAGUGCAGGGAAUGAGGGGCAGUCAGGCCCACCCGGAAGAUCUUGGUGCCCAGCUAACCCUUAUCAUCGCCAGCCAGAGUUUCCUGCAGCCAGGAAGUAAAAUGGUGACGUCUGCAAAAGCGGCCGUUCCGACGGUAACUGACCAGGCAGCUGCGAUGCAACUUGGUCAGUGUGCCAAGAACCUGGCCACCUGCCUGGCAGAGCUGCGCACAGCUGCACAGAAGGCUCAUGAGGCAUGUGGUCCUUUGGAGAUUGACUCUGCUCUCAAUGCUGUUCAGACAUUGAAGAGUGAACUACAGGAUGCCAAAAUGGCCACACUGGAAGGACAACUCAAACCACUACCAGGAGAAUCGUUGGAGAAGUGUGCUCAGGAUUUGGGGAGUACGUCUAAAGCUGUGGGCUCCUCUAUGGCUCAGCUACUGACCUGUGCCGCCCAGGGCAAUGAACAUUAUACUGGUGUGGCAGCAAGGGAAACCGCUCAAGCCCUGAGGACAUUGGCUCAGGCCGCGAGGGGAGUUGCAGCGAGUACCGUGGAGCCUCAGGCUGCGGCGGCCAUGUUGGACUCUGCUUGUCACGUGAUGGAGGGCUCGUCCAUGCUAAUCCACGAAGCCCACCAAGCCCUGGUGUGCCCUGGUGAUGCCGAGAGCCAACAAAGAUUAGCACAGGUGGCGAAGGCCGUCUCUCACUCCCUGAAUAACUGUGUGAACUGCUUACCUGGACAGAAAGAUGUGGACAUGGCUCUCAGGAGCAUUGGCGAGGCCAGUAAGAAAUUGCUUGUGGAAAAUCUUCCUCCAUGCUCCAAAUCCUUCCAAGAGGCCCAGACGGACCUGAACCACACGGCAGCCGAGCUGAACCAUUCGGCCGGGGAUGUGGUGCAGUCUUCACGUGGGAGCAGCAGCCAGCUGGCUGUGGCUUCUGGGAAGUUCAGCCACGACUUUGACGAGUUCUUAGAUGCCGGCAUUGAGAUGGCCGGACACACUCAGUCCAAAGAUGACCAGAUCCAGGUGAUUGGCAACCUGAAGAACAUCUCCAUGGCAUCCAGCAAGCUGCUGUUGGCUGCUAAGUCCCUCUCCGUUGAUCCAGGGGCGGCAAAUGCCAAGAACCUCCUCGCAGCUGCGGCACGAGCGGUUACAGAAAGCAUUAAUCAACUCAUCACACUGUGUACCCAGCAGGCACCAGGACAAAAAGAGUGUGAUAAUGCUCUACGAGAACUCGAGGCUGUACGAGGAAUGUUGGACAAUCCCAAUGAGCCAGUCAGUGAUCUUUCUUAUUUUGACUGCAUUGAGAGCGUUAUGGAGAAUUCCAAGGUUCUCGGGGAGUCCAUGGCUGGAAUCUCACAGCACUGUAAGACGGGAAACGUGCCAGCAUUCGGGGAUUGCGUGGGAGUGGCAUCCAAAGCGCUGUGUGGGUUGACCGAGGCGGCGGGACAGGCCUCCUAUUUGGUAGGCGUCUCAGACCCCAACAGCCAGUCAGGUCAUCAGGGAUUGGUCGAUCCCAUCCAGUUUGCCAGAGCCAAUCAGGCGAUUCAGAUGGCCUGCCAGAAUCUGGUGGACCCGGCCAGCAGCCCCUCCCAGGUUCUAUCAGCAGCUACCAUUGUUGCAAAGCACACCUCUGCCCUUUGCAAUGCCUGUCGUCUGGCGUCUUCCAAAACAGCCAAUCCUGUAGCCCGGAGACAUUUUGUACAGUCAGCCAAAGAAGUCGCCAAUACAACAGCUAACCUUGUGAAAACUAUAAAGGCCUUAGACGGGGAUUUCUCAGAUGAGAACCGUGAGAGGUGCCGAGUGGCCACGACCCCGCUGAUAGAAGCUGUGGAUAAUCUCUCCACCUUUGCCUCCAACCCUGAGUUUGCCAGCAUUCCUGCACAGAUAAGCCAUGAGGGUUCAGCUGCCCAGGAACCAAUCCUUCGCUCGGCUCGUUCAAUGCUGGACAGCUCCACCCACUUAUUAGAGACCGCCCGCUCACUUAUCAUUAAUCCCAAAGAUCCACCCACCUGGUCUAUCUUGGCAGGCCAUUCCCGGACCGUGUCGGACUCCAUCAAGAGCCUCAUUACGUCCAUCAGGGACAAGGCCCCUGGGCAGCGGGAGUGUGACCAGUCCAUCGACAGCAUCAACAAGAGCAUCAGGGACAUUGAGCAGGUGUCCCUCGCCGCCGUAGGUCAGAGUCUGCCCCGCAGAGACGACAUCUCCCUCGAGGCUUUACAGGAGCAGCUGACCUCUGCUGUGCAGGAGAUCGGCCACCUCAUUGACCCCAUCUCCACUGCAGCGCGAGGGGAAGCAGCUCAGCUCGGACACAAGGUGACUCAGUUAGCGAGCUACUUUGAGCCAGUGAUUGUGGCGUCAGUGGGACUGGCGUCUAAACAUGCCGACCACCAGCAGCAGAUGAACAUACUGGAUCAAACCAAAACCCUGUUUGAAUCUGCUCUACAGAUGCUCUACGCUGCCAAAGAGGGCGGAGGAAACCCUAAGGCGACCCACACCCAUGAUGCCAUAGCCGAAGCUGCCCAGUUGAUGAAGGAGGCAGUUGAUGACAUCAUGGUGACCUUAAACGAGGCAGCCAGUGAGGGGGGGAUGGUGGGCGGCAUGGUGGAGUCCAUCGCUGAGUCCAUUGGACGGAUGGAUGAAGGAACUCCGCCGGAGCCUGACGGCACUUUUGUAGAUUACCAGACCACCAUGGUGAAGUUUUCAAAAGCCAUUGCCAUUACUGCACAGGAAAUGAUGACUAAGUCAGUGACCUGUCCAGAAGAACUGGGUGGACUGGCGUCUCAGGUGACGGUGGAUUACAGCCAGCUGGCACAACAAGGCCGUCUGGCAGCUGCCACUGCCGAGCCAGAGGAGGUGGGAUCUCAGAUCAAGUCUCGGGUGCAGGAGUUGGGUCACGGCUGCAUCUACCUGGUUCAGAAGGCCGGAGCCUUGCAGAUGAGCCCGACGGACAGUUUCUCCAAGAGAGAGCUGAUCGAAUAUGCCCGUGCCGUCACUGAAAAGGUGUCCAUGGUGUUGUCAGCCCUGCAGGCUGGUAAUAAAGGAACUCAGGCCUGCAUAACUGCAGCCAGUUCUGUCUCCGGCAUCAUCGCUGAUCUGGACACCACCAUCAUGUUCGCCUCCGCCGGCACACUCAACGCAGAGAACGAAGAAUCUUUCGCAGACCACAGAGAGAACAUAUUGAAAACUGCUAAAGCUUUGGUUGAGGACACCAAGCUGCUUGUGUCUGGUGCUGCAUCAAGCCAGGACAAACUAGCCCAGGCAGCCCAGUCCUCUGCCAAGACCAUCACACAGCUCACUGACGUGGUCAAACUGGGCGCUGCGAGCAUGGGCUCAGAGGACCCAGAGACACAGGUGGUCCUGAUAAACGCAGUCAGAGACGUCGCUAAAGCUUUGGCUGAGCUGAUUAGUGCCACUAAAUGUGCCGCGGGCAAAGCAGCGGACGAUCCAUCCAUGUAUCAGCUGAAGAGUGCCGCCAAGGUGAUGGUGACGAACGUGACCUCUCUGCUGAAAACUGUGAAAGCUGUGGAAGAUGAGGCCACUCGCGGGACGAGGGCUCUGGAAGCCACUAUUGAAUGCAUUAAACAGGAACUCACUGUUUUCCAGUCCAAGGACGUUCCGGAGAAAUCCACCACCCCAGAAGAGUUCAUCCGCAUGACCAAGGGCAUCACCGUAGCGACGGCCAAAGCAGUGGCAGCAGGCAACUCUGCUCAGCAGGAGGACGUGAUAUCCACUGCCAACCUGAGCCGCAAAGCCAUCUCCGACAUGUUGACCACCUGCAAGCAAGCCGCGUACCACCCGGAAGUAGGCGAGGAUGUGAGGAAUAAAGCUCUGCUCUACGGCAUCGAGUGUACCACCGGAUACAUCGACUUGCUCGAACACGUCCUGCUCGUCCUGCAGAAACCCACGGCCGAACAGAAACAGCAUUUGGCCACACUGUCCAAGAAAGUGGCGGGCUCCGUCACGGAGCUCAUCCAGACUGCUGAAGCCAUGAAAGAUGGAGGUUCAGAGUGGGUGGACCCAGAAGACCCCACGGUGAUAGCGGAGACGGAGCUCCUUGGUGCUGCUGCGUCCAUCGAGGCCGCGGCCAAGAAACUGGAGCAGCUGAAGCCCAGAGCCAAACCAAAGCAAGCCGAUGAGUCUCUGGACUUUGAGGAGCAGAUCCUGGAAGCAGCGAAAUCUAUUGCUGCAGCAACCAGCGCUUUGGUCAAAUCUGCCUCGGCCGCUCAGAGAGAGCUAGUAGCACAGGGCAAGGUGGGCUCCAUCCCUGCCAAUGCAGUAGAUGACGGCCAAUGGUCCCAGGGUCUAAUAUCAGCAGCCCGGAUGGUUGCGGCCGCCACCAGUAACCUGUGUGAGGCCGCUAACGCUUCAGUACAGGGUCACGCCAGUGAGGAGAAGCUCAUUUCCUCUGCCAAACAGGUGGCGGCUUCCACAGCCCAACUGCUGGUGGCCUGUAAAGUCAAAGCUGACCAGGACUCAGAGGCCAUGAGGAGAUUACAGGCUGCUGGUAACGCAGUCAAGAGAGCAUCUGACAACCUGGUGAAGGCGGCGCAGAAAGCAGCCUUCGAUAAAGCCGAAGACAACAGUGUUGUGGUUAAAACGAAAUUCGUAGGAGGAAUCGCUCAGAUCAUUGCAGCACAGGAGGAGAUGCUAAGAAAGGAGAGGGAGUUAGAGGAAGCCCGGAAGAAACUCGCCCACAUCCGACAGCAGCAAUACAAGUUUCUGCCCAGCGAACUGCGAGAAGACCAGAGCUGAACACUUCUUGUCUGACGUCUGACUGGACGUGAUUAUCAUCAGAUCAUGAUUGUUACGGAUGAUUGGCUGCUCCUUACAUGGAGGGGUAGAGAUGUCACACGUCAUUGGUUGUGUAACUGUCAGGUGAUUUGUUAAAGUUAAAUGUGAUUGGUUCACAUGGGACUAGCGCCACUGAUUGGCUGUAUGUUGGGGUAUGAACGCAUUUCCUCUUACAUAGGGCUAAUAUUUUCUGUUCUUGUUUUUUUUAGUCAUGUAUUAAGGUUUAAAGCACUUGUUAGAGGUAUGUUUGAGUGUGUGUGCGUGUGUGUGUGUGACUGUGUUUUAUGUAUCAAUUGUAUCCCGCUGCUUGACGAUAACUUACCAUAAGAAUCUCAAUAACUAAUGUCAGUACAUCAUGUUUUAUAAUGCAAACAAUGUGAAACUAUUAAAAUCUGAAGCUAGCAGCCGAAACCAGACAAAAUUUACUUUGCACCUAUGAAGUAUGAUGUCAGACCAUAAGCUUUCAUUAUUUGCUUGAGUUGUGACUCACAUGUGACAAUAAGCUUCGAACGCCUCUAGAAUGCACUGCUCGAUUUAUUCAUAUCCCACUCUAGAUAUGUAUUAUGUUAGUAAGGUUAUGAAUUAUAAGUAGUUAUUAUAAGGAAAGAAUGUACCGGUGCGCUUUGUCGUGUUAUUUAUUGAUAGCAGAACUUUUUAGUUUAGUUGGGGGCUCAGCUGAGUUGAUAAAAAUUUGGAAGUAUCGUGUCUUUCAACUCUUUAAAUUCAUGCGAAUAGUUUCAUUCAUUCCUCUCUUCAUACUGUACAUCAGCCCAGAUCUUAUGACUACAUUUCCCAUGAUUCCUCUGUAUGUCUAAAUGUAUUCUACGUUUACGCCUUGUAAUAAUUACCGUAAUUUUGAGAAGUCAACCCGUGAUGUUCUACUCUGAGCACGUCCUCGGACUCAUUCAACACUAUCAACACCAAAAUUAAUCUGCAGCAGUCAGGUAGCACAAGUCAGAGUUUACGCUUUUUACAAGUCGGAAUCUCGUAAUUACGGUAAUUCCGACAUGGCAUGAAUACACCUUUAGUCAGGUGGACAGGAACAAGGUUUGGCGAAACACAAAAGGUAUGUUCGGAAUAGCAUACUUCUCAUACUAUUUCUGCAGUUUGCAUACUUUGCACAGUAUGCAAAUUUUCUGCAUUGGAACCAAAUGACCUACUAUAUUUACUGAAAUGUGCAUUAUGGAAACAAUACACUGUGUGGAACAAUAUAUCCCUCUUUUUUUUUUUUAAUUUCCAGUGUAAUGAAUGAACAAAAAGUAAUACCAGUCUUAAUUUUGGCUGAAUUUGAAAUGGCAUAGUGCAUAUCUUUUAUAUGCGACAAAAUUUCCAAAUUUUUUUGCAUGAAAUUGGGCAAAAAUGUGAAAAAUGUGUUUGCAUACUGCACAAUAUUUAGCAUACUAUUUAAAAAAAAAAGUAGGCAGUAUAUAUUGUAUACUAUGAAGUAUGUAGUAGUAUGCAGAAUGCUCGCAAUUAAUUCCAAGGCCGUAAUGAUGUCUUGAACAUUGGGGGGACCAAUUUUUAAAAAAAAAAAUCAUAUAUAAACAGAACAGUGAAGGAAAUUCUAGGUCUAAUUCUAGUUGAAAAAUAAUCAUUUUUGAACUAAAAUAUGCACACGUAGGCUACUUUUAUUUGUAUGCUAUGCUUAAUGUCUUGCCACACUUGGUUAGGUAUUACAUGAAUUACGUAAAUGCAUAUUUUCAAUUCAAAACAGCCAUAUUUGAGAAAAAACGUUGAGUAGUUUGCAUCACUUGAUGUUACUGUCUGUCUUUUAACAUUUCAGUCGCAAAACAGUAUUAAAUGUUUCGCUAUUUACCUCACUCUCUUUCAACAUUAAACUAACGCUUCAAGCUGGAAUUCACAGUAACAGUAAACCCCGCCUACUUUGAUUUGAUUGGCCAUCUCAAUCAUUUUGACAUUGACGAGCAC